AUGGUCAAGGCUACGCUCAACGGCACCGUCCUCGCCGAGUCGGCCAACACCCAGGUCGUCGAGGGCAACCACUACUUCCCGCCCGACAGCGUCAAGAAGGAGUUCUUCACCGACUCGAACACGCACACGACGUGUGGCUGGAAGGGCGUCGCGAGCUACUACAACGCCAACGUCGACGGCAAGGAGGUCAAGGAUGCCGCCUGGUACUAUCCAGCCACGACGACGGACAAGGCCAAGCCGAUCGAGAACUACGUCGCCUUCUACGGCUCGAAGGUGCAGGUCAAGUGA